AUGAAGCUUUCCGCCAUUCUCUGCAUUUUCGCCGCCACUAUGGCCGCCGCGGCACCUACGAGUUACGCCAACCCUCAGGGGCAGAACCAGCCUCAGAACAACAACAAUAACAACCAGAACCAGAACAACCGAAACCAAAACCAAAACAAUCGCCUCAGCGCUGAAGAGCAAAAAUACCAGCUCAGUGACAAUAAUCACAAGAUUGGACGCUCCGAGGUCUUUUACCCGCGAGGAUCUGGCUCUUCUCCCUCAGAGCCCGUCGCGCCUGAGUAUUCUGAGCCUGAAUUCCCGACGAUUCACGUCCCCGAGCAUGACUACCAAGAGCCCAAGGCUCCCAAGGAGGACUACAAGUCUGAGGCCUACCAGUCCGAGGAAUACAAGACGGAUGAUAUCAAGUCUAAGGGCUAUCAGUCUGAGAGCUCCAAGCCUGUGAUCCACCAGUCUGUAGACUUCAAGCCCGAAGUUCACAAACCUGAAGUCCACCAGCCUAAAGUUCACAAGCCCGAGGCUCCCAAGCCACCUGCACACCCCGUGAAUCACGUCCCGGUCAACCAGCAUGAAUCUGUUUCUUACGACACUCAUGAGUCCUACGAAAGUCAGACUACGAAGCAGCAGUAA